GCAAACAAGGACAGGUAAGCAAAGUUACUGCAGCUCUAACACAGAAACAGAUUAUUUUUGGGACCCGCCCCAUGAGGGGAGAUCUACGUGUUGCUUCUCUUUAACGCCGAGCAUCGACCCGACCGGCCAGUCUCUUUAUCCCACCGGGAUAAACAAGAAAGUUUAUCCGAGAUGUCUUGUUUCCAUAAACGGCCAAAAAGGACAAAAUCCGAGGAACAAGCAUUUCUGGAACACCUGAAAAAAGUUGCGAAGGAGAACGGAAAACGCCUGGGUUUGGAGGGAGAUUCAGAUCUCCAGUUCUUGUUGUUGGGAGGAAAACUGGUCAAGGUUCGCUCAAAAUCCUGGAAGCAUGGCCGCUACUUCAAACUGGAGGAAGACUGCCAGACCUUUUCGCAUGAGUCGAAAAAAGCAUUCAAGCAAAACCACACCUUCUCCAUUGAUGACAUUGAAUCGGUUCGAAAGGGCCGCCACUCUGAGGGCCUUAAAAAAUACACCGAUGCCAGCGUUGAAGACCUCUGCUUCUCCAUCAUCUUCAAGGGGCGCAAGAAGAAUCUCGACCUGAUGGCAGAAUCUCCGGAAGAUGUAAAUAAGUGGGUCAGCAGCCUGGAGAAGAUCAUCAACAACAUGCACAACCUCAGUAACCAGAAGAAGAGUGAACACUGGAUAUUCAGCUGCAUACGUAAGGCUGACAAGAAUGGCGACAACAUGAUGACACUAAAGGAGGUGAAACACUUCUUGAGGCAGAUCAAUGUUGAGGUUGAUGAUUCAUACGCAGCGGACCUUUUUAAGAAAUGUGACACAUCCAAUUCAGACACCCUGGAAGGCGAAGAGAUCAAGCAUUUCUACGAGAUGCUGACACGCCGUGAGGAGAUUGAUGUCAUUUAUGGGAAAUAUGCUCAAACAGAGGGUCAGAUGAGCGACAGAGACCUGCUGAACUUUCUGCUGAACGAGCAGCGGGAGCAGGCGACUGCAGAGGACGCCCAUAGGCUGAUUGAGAAAUAUGAAGUGGAUAAAACAGCAAAGCAGAACAAUUGCAUGACCAAAGAUGGCUUCCUGAUGUACCUGCAGCAGGACGACGGCUGUAUUUUGAACCCAGCCCACAGAUCUGUGUAUCAGGACAUGAACCAGCCCCUCAACCAUUACUACAUCUCCUCCUCACACAACACAUACCUGAUGGCAGACCAACUCAAAGGGCCAAGCAGCACAGAAGCCUACAUAAAAGCGCUGAUGAAGAGUUGCCGAUGCGUGGAGCUGGACUGUUGGGACGGGCCUAAUGGAGAACCUGUUAUUUACCAUGGCCAUACGCUCACAUCCAAAGUGCUCUUCAAAGAUGUUAUCAAAGCCAUCAAAGACUACGCCUUCAAAACUUCCCAGUACCCAGUGAUUCUGUCUCUGGAGAACCAUUGUACAGUUGAGCAACAGAAGCUUAUGGCCCGUCAUUUGGUCUUCUUCCUGGGUGACGCUCUGGUCAAAAAGCCUCUGGGUGACACCAUGCCAACUAACUUCCCAUCACCUGAGGCACUUAAGGGAAAGUUCCUCAUCAAGGGAAAACGACUGAACAAACUGGAUUCGAUCUUCACCAAUAACAACGUGAUAGAGGAUGGCACCGUGUCUGAGGAGGACGAAGCUGCAGAGUGUAAGGAGAAUAGCCAGAAAGAAAAACCAAAGAAAUCAAAUAUCAAACUCGACAAAGAGCUCUCAGACAUCGUCAUCUACUGUAAGAGCGUGCACUUUAACAGCUUUGAACACGCCAGAGAAAACCAGGCCUUCUAUGAAAUGUCGUCCUUCAAGGAGAGUAAAGCAUUCAACCUGGCUGAGACCUCAGCUACUGCCUUCAUGCACCACAACAUGGACAAACUCAGCAGGAUCUACCCUGCUGGCUCCAGAACCGACUCCUCCAACUAUAAUCCGGUGCCCAUGUGGAACGUUGGCUGCCAGAUAGUGGCGUUGAACUUCCAGACUAACUCCAAGGAGAUGCACUUAAACCAGGGACGGUUUCUGAUGAACGGCUUCUGCGGCUACAUCCUGAAACCUGAAUUUCAGAGAAACCUGUCCUCUCAGUUUAACCCCAACACACUUACCGAAGGGUCGUGGCUGAAGAAGAAGAUCUUUCAUGUCAUGGUGAUCUCAGCUCAGCAGUUACCUAAAAUCAACAAGGAAAAGCAAAAAUCCAUUGUAGACCCUCUGGUCAAGGUGGAGAUCCAUGGUGUCCAGGCAGACAAUGCCAGCAAGGAAACACAUCACAUUGAAAAUAAUGGAUUCAACCCUAUGUGGAAUAAGAAAUUCCAGUUUGACAUCAGUGUGCCAGAGCUGGCCUUGGUGCGAUUUCUGUUGGAGGACCACGACACAGCAUCGCAGAACGAUUUUAUCGGGCAGUACUGUCUGCCACUCACCAGCGUACAGAACGGAUAUCGCCAUGUCCCGGUGCUCAACAAGAGAGGGGACAACAUUUCUUCUGCCAGUCUGUUUGUGCACCUCAUGCUCCUGGAUGCCCCGUAGGCCUGUUUGCAAAAAGAAAACCAAACCAACUUCACGUCUUUUGUAAAUUCUAAUGGAAUUUAAAACCCAGAUUUUAAAGCUAAAUAACUUGACUCUAGUUUUCGUUUUGUUUUUUUACAUACCACAGCUGCUGACUCACAAGUGUCUGACACUUUUAGGUCAUUGUAUAAUUUUAGCUUUUUAAAAGCCGGUUUGGUGGAGAGCCUUUAAAGUGACAAAGAAAGAAUGAAGUGAAUGAGAGGAAAAGUAGCCAACUAUAUUCACCAUUCUCUGGAGAAGUUUAAUAAUUAAUGUGCAUUAUUAUGUGAGUUUUGUGUGAAUCCCACCUGAAACAUACUAGAUUCUCAGCAGCUUUACGGGAUAGUCUUAUGAGACUUGAUUUAAACUUUGUCCAUCUUGAUGCCAUAAGAGUGAUAAUGACAAUGUUGAUAGCAAGUGACAUGGUAUGUCUGUGUGCUUCUGUCCUUUCAUUAUGAAUGCAUUAUGAAUGCUCCCAGCAUUGUAUAUAGAAGAUUUUCAAGAUGGUGCCUGAAACAAGUUCUAAUAUUUUGUGUCAUGGUUUAUUUGUGUCUUCCAUUGCUCUACAGCAUUUUUACAGUUCACACAUUUUUGCACUAGCUCUUGAAUUAAACCACUCCCCGAAU